AUGUCUGCCACGAAAGAAACGACCACCCAGGAACCCGAGACACCCAAGGUCUCCAUAGUCGUGGAAUUCUCGGGUGGACUCGAGAUGCUCUUCUCAGACCAGCGUCGCCAUUCGCUGUCGAUACCAGCUACGGACAAGGAGGGCAAGGCGGUGACCAUAUCGUACCUCAUCGACUACCUGUGCAAUCGUACGAUGAAGGACGCGCGGAAGGAACUAUUCGUCCUCGACGACCAUGUCCGGCCGGGCAUCCUGGUCCUCAUCAACGAUGCCGACUGGGAGUUGGAGGGCGAAGAGGCCUAUGAGCUCCAGAAUGGCGACAAUAUCUUGUUUGUCUCUACGCUGCAUGGAGGCUAG